AUGGAUGUAAAGAUGAAAAUGUUCACACGCAAACAGUACACCGAGGGCAUCUCGUUCUGUUUGGAAAUACCGUUGUUCUACGGGAGUGAGAGAACGACUCGCAUAGGCAACAACAUGAUUGUCGUGGCAAAGAAUAGCACCAAGACCAACAGGGCUGGCAUCGACAAUUAUGGUGGUCGUUUUGUGGGGGUUGUUGAAAUACGAGAGAACGGUGUCGCUGGUGAGAUGCUUCAGCUGAUCAAAAGCGUGUUGAUGCUGGGAUGUCCAUGUCCAGGGCUGAUUGGAUUGGGUAAGCGCACGGAGAGGUUCGGUUAAGGUGAAAUAGAUGGGGAUAAAUUGGGAACAGUAGUUGGUCAUACCGAAGAAACUGCGAACUUCAUGAGCGGUGCAUGGUAGGGGGACUGGUAUUGUUGAUGGCAGAGCCUUUUUUGUGUCUGGGGAGAAGUCAUUUCUGGAGAAUAUAUACCCAAAGACAUCCUCGUACCCAGAGCACGAGAGAAAAUAGCCUGGGUACGAGGUUGACCCAUUGAACUAUAAAUAAACUGGAAGGCUAACUUCAAUGGGUUGACCCAAACAAUACUUUUUGGCAUUCAAUGUAAGGUUCUUAGAGCGUAAACGUUCAAAAACGGCAUGAAGCGCUUUGUUAUGUGCCGCUUGGUCUGUACCAAAAAUGAUGAUGUUAUCGCUAACAUUACGAGCACCUUCGAUACCACUGAGAACUUGUUGGAUGGAAUCUUGAAAGACUUCUGCGGCGGAUGACGUACCAAAAUUUAAGUGGGUGUAGCGGCGAAGUCCUCUGUGCGUGGAAAACGUUGUUGAUAUAGCGGCUUUCGGGUGCGAGUUAGAUCAUGAAUUAGGUCAUCAAUAGCCGGUGUAAUAUGACGUUCACGAAGGGUUCUAUAAAACCUUGGCGUUCAAGUUUCUCAAGUUCAGUAUCGAUCUUUUUGCGAAGGUGGAACGGCAUUCGCCAAUGAGGUUGCGUCACGGGGGGUACGGAGGGUUCGAUAUGUGGAUGAACUGUUAUUAUUAUUAUUAUUAUUACCACUCCUUUCGGAUGGUAAUUUGUUCUCUAAUUAAUAUUGACAGAACUAGUUGUGGUUAUUUCUUUCUCAAGGCCAAGCCUUGGAAGAUCUUGAUGAUCAUCCUCAACAAUAUUGA